AUGGCACCACACGCAGAAGAAACCAACGGCGUUGCCUCUUAUGGCAACACUGUCCCCGUCAACGAAGGCCAAGCUCCCCUCGAGCCAGGUAUCAAGAAGAACAUCGCCCAAGGCAAAAUGCUUGAAUUCCCUCGCCCGCCCAAAUUCGACGACCCCUACAAAGAACGCGACUACCUCAAAGGCCGUCUCGCGGCCGCCUUCCGCAUCUUCGGCAAAUACGGUUUCGACGAAGGCGUCGCCGGGCACAUCACGCUCCGCGACCCCGUUGACCCACACUGUUUCUGGGUGAACCCGUUCGGCGUGGCCUUCUCCCUCAUCAACAAGUCGGACCUCAUCCUCGUCAACCAUUCCGGCCAAGUAAUCGACGGCGGGGACUGCAGACUGCUCAACACAGCCGCCUACAUGAUCCAUUCAGCAAUCCAUAAAGCGCGACCUGAUGUGAUCUGUGCUGCGCAUUCUCAUUCGAUAUAUGGAAGGACGUGGUGCUCCUUGGGACGAAAAAUCGACACCUUAACACAAGACGCAUGCGCCUUCCACAACGACCACGUGGUCUACGAUUCCUUCAACGGCGUCGUGCUAGCCGAGAAAGAAGGCAAAGACAUCGCAGCUUGCUUGGGUGAUAAGAAAGCCGCCCUGCUGCAGAAUCACGGCCUCUUGACGACGGGACAGACGGUUGAGGAGGCCGUAUUUUGGUUUGUGAGUUUGGAGAAGUGUUGUCAUAGUCAGUUGAUGGCGGAGGCGGCGGCGGCGAGUAAUGGGGAGAAGCCGGUGGCGAUUGGGGAGGAGGAGGCGCAGUAUACUUAUCGGACUGUGGGCACGGCGAGGAGUGGGUGGUUUAGUGCGAAGCCGUUGUUUGAUGUAAUUCAUAAGGAGACGAACGGGGAUUAUUUGCAGUAG